AUGGAUUCUUCAGUGGAAAACAACAUGUAUGUAAACAAAGUGUGGGUUCAAUGUGAAAAUGAAAGUUGUUUGAAGUGGAGAUUGUUGUCAAGUGAGGAUGCAGCCAAAGUUGAUCACAGUGAAUCAUGGUACUGCUUCAUGAACACUGAUCUAAGGUAUAAUAAGUGCUCUAUUUCUGAAGAAGACUUUCCUGAAGUGUCUCAGCUUCAUAAAAGUGGAUUUAAGAUAGUCUAUUCACAGCUCCCUCUUGGAAGCCUGGUUUUGGUAAAAUUACAGAAUUGGCCAAGUUGGCCAGGGAUACUUUGCCCUGAUCCUUUUAAAGGGAAAUAUGUGACCUAUGACCUGGAUGGAAACGUUGAACUGUAUCACAUAGAAUUCCUGGGUGAUCCCCAUUCAAGAUCAUGGAUAGAUGCAACAUUUGUUGGGCAUUAUAGUAUCACAUUAACGCCAGCAAAAUGUAAGAAUAAUAAGAAGUGGUAUAAAAGUGCACUACAAGAGGCAUACCUACUCUAUGGAUAUUCUCAUCAACAAAGACUGGAAAUGUGCAGCCUAUCAAAAGAGGAUAAAUCCAAAUCAAAUGCCAAAGUUGAAUUGAUGACCAAGAAAAGGCCAAAUCUGCCAAAUUCUUUUUCUAGGAAAGCGAUUUUAAAAUAUUCUUUUGAAAACGUUUGUUCAGAUGAUGCCUUGUCAAAGGAAAAUAUGGUUGUCUCUGAGACUGAAGUUUUACUGAAAGAGUUGGAGCAAAUGCUACAGCAAGUGCUGGAGUCCACAGCAACACCAGAUGAAUAUGAAGAAGGGCAUAGAGAAGAAGAAAUAAAUGCAAGAGAAAAGUUAUCUAAAUGCAACCCUGAAGGUCCUGCAGGCAGUCUGUUUGAGAAUCACUAUGAAGAGGACUAUCUUGUAAUUGAUGGGAUAAAAUUAAAAGCUGGAGAAUGUAUUGAUAAUAUAACUAACAAGUUUAAAGAAAUAGAUGCUUUGAUGUCUGAAUUUUAG